AUGGAUGAGAAGUUGGAAGAGAUGUCGACUCAACCAGGUUUCGCUCAAUCACCAUAUGGAGUUAUUCUAUUUAAUCAAAGGAUUUGUGUUCCAGAUGAUACCGAGCUGAAAAGAAAAGUUUUAGAGGAAGGUCACAAAGGGGUGUUUACCAUACAUCCAGGUUCAUCGAAGAUGUAUCAAGACUUGAAGAAGGACUACUGGUGGCCUGGAAUGAAGAAGGAUAUUGUAGAGUAUGUUUCGGAAUGCAUAACUAAACGGACGAUACAGACACUAGAAGAUAUGUUAAGAGCUUGUGUACUUGAAAGUGAAGGGAAUUGGAAGGAGCUCUUACCAUUGAUUGAAUUCGCAUAUAACAAUAGUUAUCAUGCAAGUAUCAAGAUGGCUCCUUAUGAAGCCUUGUAUGGACGGAAGUGUAGAACACCUCUAUGUUGGACGGAAGUUGGUGAAGAAAGAAUCUUAGGACCAGAGAUUAUUCAAGAGACUACAUAA